CAAAGCGAGCGAGGCUCCCAGUCCCCGCGGAGGGGCCGGGGCAGGGCGCGCCACCCUUGUCGGAUCUGCCAGGGGUCCGGAGCCGGCCACGCCCUGGUGGCGGUGCCCCCUAGCGGCCCAGGGCCGGGCGCACCCGGCGAGUUCGGGUCUCCUGCUCGGCGGGGAGGAGGGACCGCGUCUGCAGGGCGGGGCCUCCGGGCCUCGGCGGGGCGCGCACACGAAGGAGGGGGGCCGCGGUGCGGGCCCUCGGCGCGGCUGGCCGGGUUCCCGGAGCGUCGCCGCCGCCCAUGGCCGAGCCGCUCCAGCCAGACCCCGGGGCGGCCGAGGUCGCGGCGGUCCAAGCGGUGGAGACGCCGGGCUGGAAGGCUCCGGAGGACGCGGGCCCCCAGCCCGGAAGUUAUGAGAUCCGACACUAUGGACCAGCCAAGUGGGUCAGCACGUCCGUGGAGUCUAUGGACUGGGAUUCAGCCAUUCAAACCGGCUUUACGAAACUGAACAGCUACAUUCAAGGCAAAAAUGAGAAAGAGAUGAAAAUAAAGAUGACAGCUCCAGUGAUAAGCUACGUGGAGCCUGGCUCAGGUCCUUUUAGUGAGUCUACCAUUACCAUUUCCCUGUAUGUUCCCUCUGAACAGCAAUUUGAUCCGCCCAAGCCUUUAGAGUCAGAUGUCUUCAUUGAAGACAGAGCCGAAAUGACUGUGUUUGUACGGUCUUUCGAUGGAUUUUCUAGUGCCCAAAAGAAUCAAGAACAACUUCUGACAUUAGCAAGCAUUUUGAGGGAAGACGGAAAAGUUUUCGACGAGAAGGUUUACUACACUGCAGGUUACAACAGUCCUUUCAAAUUGCUUAAUAGAAAUAAUGAAGUGUGGCUGAUUCAAAAACGUGAACCCUCCAAAGAAAACGAAUGAGAAAAUGAAAGGAAGUUCCACUGUCAGAGGCAAAACGACUGUUUAUCAUAGACAUCAACAGGACCUAAAAGUCAAGUGC